CUGUCGAGCGUGGUAGUGGGUGGAGAGGAUUUUUUGUUUAUUUUCGGGGCAAGCUAGCCAGUAAACGUGUAGCUGUUAGCUUACAUAAUUCUUUAAUAUAAUUUUAGAAAGAAAUAGUGCAUCUUUAAGAACGUACCUUAUGCUUAUUUUAGCCCUUAUUACUUCGAGAGGUAACGGACAAUCAUAGAAAAGAUUAGCGAGCUAGCGUGAAGUUGAUGUAGGGUUUAGCAAUAGCUGUUAGCAUAUGUGCUAGCUAGCAAAAAUAAUAUCCAAGGCAGGCUGGUUAACGUUAGAUAGCGUGGCUAGAUUUGGCUGAAAAAUACCCCCCCCCCCCCCUCCCAUUUAAUAUUUUCUGACGUUGGAACUGACACUACUGCGCUGAUAAAUCACUGUUUCUAGGCUUUGCCAGCAUUGCAUCAACAUUGCUUUCACCCUGACACUGCAUUCGCUAAAAGGUAUAGUGGAUACACCUGGAAAGUCUCCCCAAGGUUGAAAUCUAAGGAGCAAGAUGUCAAUCACGAACACUCCCACAAGUAAUGAUGCCUGCCUGAGCAUUGUGCACAGCCUGAUGUGCCACCGACAAGGAGGAGAGAGUGAAAGCUUUGCGAAGCGAGCUAUUGAGAGCCUUGUCAAGAAACUGAAGGAGAAGAAAGAUGAGCUGGAUUCCCUUAUCACAGCCAUCACCACAAAUGGAGCUCAUCCAAGCAAGUGUGUAACCAUACAGCGGACUCUGGAUGGGCGCCUACAGGUUGCUGGGCGUAAAGGCUUUCCCCAUGUUGUCUAUGCCAGACUGUGGCGAUGGCCUGAUCUACACAAGAAUGAAUUAAAACAUGUGAAAUAUUGCCAGUAUGCCUUUGACCUGAAAUGUGACAAUGUGUGUGUCAACCCGUACCACUACGAGCGUGUUGUCUCUCCAGGUAUUGAUUUAUCAGGAUUGACCCUCACAGGUUCAGCUCCACUCUUGGUAAAGGAUGAGUAUGACUAUGACAACCAGCAAUCUCACUCAAGCUCUGAGAGCCACCUGCAGACUAUACAGCAUCCCCCUUCAAGGUCUGGUCCACAGGAGACAUUCAGCAGCCCGACUCUACUCCCCCCAGCGGAGGGCAGCAGUUCGGCUUCAACUUCGGCUUUUUCUACCAUCAGCGCUGGGCCCUCAAAUCCUGCACCCAACUGGAGCCGAAACAGCAGCUUCACUCCUGCUGUGCCUCAACAUCAGAAUGGGCAUCUACAGCAUCAUCCACCCAUGCCUCACACGGGGCACUAUUGGCCAGUUACCAAUGAAAUUGCGUUCCAGCCCCCCAUUUCCAAUCACCCUGCUCCAGAGUACUGGUGUUCCAUCGCAUACUUUGAGAUGGACGUCCAGGUUGGCGAAACCUUUAAGGUUCCAUCCACGUGUCCUAUUGUUACUGUGGAUGGUUAUGUGGAUCCUUCGGGUGGAGAUCGCUUCUGUUUGGGCCAGCUGAGCAACGUUCACAGGACAGAGAACAUCGAAAGAGCCAGGCUCCAUAUUGGCAAAGGUGUGCAGCUGGAGUGCAAAGGUGAAGGAGACGUCUGGGUGCGCUGUUUGAGUGAUCACGCUGUGUUUGUGCAGAGCUAUUACUUGGAUCGAGAGGCUGGACGUGCCCCUGGAGAUGCAGUUCACAAGAUCUACCCCAGCGCUUACAUUAAGGUGUUUGACCUGCGUCAGUGCCACAGGCAGAUGCAACAGCAGGCAGCCACAGCUCAGGCAGCAGCUGCGGCUCAGGCAGCGGCAGUGGCUGGGAAUAUUCCAGGGCCUGGCUCUGUGGGUGGCAUUGCCCCGGCCAUCAGUUUGUCUGCCGCUGCAGGCAUCGGGGUUGAUGACCUGCGCAGGCUGUGCAUCCUGCGGAUGAGUUUUGUAAAGGGCUGGGGGCCCGACUACCCACGACAGAGCAUCAAAGAGACGCCCUGCUGGAUCGAGAUCCAUUUACACCGAGCUCUGCAGCUACUCGACGAAGUUCUGCACACAAUGCCCAUAGCUGACCCUCAACCUCUUGACUGAAUGAAAAGACAUGAACUGCACAAAAAAUAAAUAUCAGACUGUACUUUUAACAGACCACUUCACCUAUAGAUCUGGAAAGCCUAAGGAGUGCAACAACAGGGAUGCCGAGUAGGUCACAGGAGGCCGGCAGUAUACUCCAAACACCCUGCGAGCGGUUUCCAGUGCACUCCAGCUCUGCAAGUUCCUACAAACAGCUGCAGGAACGUGUGAGUCACUGGGAGUGGAAACAUGCAGCCAAGAGGAUGUGCAGGGAAAAUGAAGACAGUAUUGUGACGUCGAUCGCCAUUGUUUUGCAUUGAACAGCGCAGUGUUUCUAAAAAGCUGGGACAGAAGUACAACUUGAUGUGAAUAGAAGACAAAUAGACAAAAAAGUAUCACCUCAUAUGAAAGAUUUAUACUUGACUAUCAGUUAUUUCUGUGUUAACAUUUCAAUAUUUAACAUUUAUUGAGCCCCCAUGGCAAACAUAACACAACAAGGAGAAUACUCUGGCCUUGUUUGGAUGCAGCCCUGAGAUUAAGCCUCUCUGAACACACUAAACAUGUUUGCAGUUGGAGUAUACUGCCGCUUCUCCUCCAUUGGCUCUCUGCUGACCCUUUGGCUUCGUGUAUUUGGAAUCCCCUCCCUCCCCCUCCCAGAUCAGGACAUUUAUGUGAAGUCAUGUUACUCAUGUUUUUGUAAAAUGUAGUCUUGAAUAUUUUUCAAUGCUGACUGUACUUUUUUCAUUUAUAUUCCCAUUCUCAGUAGUUGUUUUUAAUCGCAUAAAGAGCAUCUGAGGAGUUUUAGCUUAUCUCUGCUUCUCAUUCAGCACCAUUAAACACCGUAGUCUCAUUAUUCUUCAACCAGGCAGGGCUGUUCAUGACAACUGGUAUUUUCUAUGAAAGUUUUACAAGCCUCAAACUAGAUUGACCUUAUUAAGAGGAAAAAAAUCAAAAGAUAUUGUUAUUGUAACACAUCUACUUAAUAUAAUUUGUCCAGUUUUGUUGAUUAGAUGCCCACAUAGUGUCCGUUAGCACUUUAUUAAUUUGCCUGAAUAUUUUGUCUUGUUUCAUAGUCUCAUGUGUGGUAACUUGUUGUACCCAUUUGAUUUUUUUAGCCUAGUUGUGAAAUUUUUCUUGCUAACAACAUUAGUGAAAACCAUGAAGAAUGUGUUUUCAGUAUCAGUCACACACAGGCUUGUACAGCUCAACAUCGAAUGUUUAGUCGAUAUUAAGCUCAAGUUUAAAUAGAAAAAUCUUAUUUAAACUCCCUACAGGGUGAUAAUUUGAUACUCAGAAGAUACAUUUUUAGCUGGUACAUCAUUUUAAUAUAACACAUGGCCACUCUUUUUAAAUUGGAGAAGUACUCUGACAACUACUGUAGAGUUUUAGACAACAGCUGAGUAAAGGAAGCAAGGAAUGAACUGUGAGAGGAAGUUUAAGCCAUAUCGAUGCCAAAUAUACAUCUAUUAAAAAAAGUGAGUAGAUUAUCAGGCAGAAGUCAUGUCAGUGUUGCGUCGCUUGUCGAAGCUUGGUUUUACCUCCAUGAAAAUGAUUUUAGUUUUUUGCUCAGCACUGUUGAUGAAAUAUUUUGGUAUUCGGAGCUCUGUUUACCUACAGCUGUUGCAGUAUUUUAUACUCUUUUGCUACCUUUACAGCGAGGAACCACCGGUCAUAUUUGAAAAUGUAAAAAAAAACAAAACAAAAAAAAGUAAUGCUGUUCAAUUUUCAGGAAAUGCAAGUUCAUACUCAUCUCUAUCUUUACAAUUAUGUCAUGCAUACUGAGUUUGAAUGAUAUUGGUGUUUACAUAUAAUAUGAAUAUGGUUGAAUAAAAUUUAAUGGGCUAACACAUGG